GCGUUAGUGCGCAAUUAGUACGCGACGCGAUCGAACCCUCACUGCGGCGUUACUCCGUUUUAAUUUUUUCAAAGUUGAAAAUAAUUUUUGUUUAAUGUUGUACUAAAUCCACAAGCAUUGCGAUAGAAUUUUUUUUUUUCGCGAAUACAUUUUCAAUUGUAAUUUGAAAAUCGAGAAAUAAAAAGGCAAUUAUGACAAUGCAGCGACGCGCUCCAGAGAAAAUGAAUUGUAACCUACUUAUUCAAGAGGUCUUUGCGAGAAGGGCGCUCUGGCAACGAAAUCACAAACAUCAUCACAAUCGUAGCAUUCUCGAUCAACAUUGGGAUGAGGUGGCCGAAUGCAUUGGCAGUACACGAGAUGGAUGUCGUCGUAGAUGGAAAAGUUUAAAAGACAAUUAUCGUAGGGAAUUAAAAAAAAGUGAAGAAACAUUAAUUAAAUCAUGUUGGCCCUAUUAUGAUCCAUUAAUAUUUCUUAAAGAUCAAAUGAUCUCUUCAUUUCUCGCUGAUCCAUUGGAAAUUCAACCGCAGACAAAAUUGGAAAUAUUUGAAAAUUCAUCGAACGAUGGCGAAAAAUUGGAUAAUGAUGUACAAGAAAUUGAUGAGGAAAUUAAAGUUUUUAAUACAAUUGAUUUAAUGGCGUCAACAUCAACGACACGUGGUCGUCGUGGAAGGAAAAAACGACAAAAAAUUAUUGAUGAAAAUGAAACUAUUGUUAAUGAAAUUUUAACAACUGAUGAAAUUAUUCCACAACAAGUAUUAACAAAUGACAAUAUAAUGAAGGAGAAUGAUUAUGAAAAUACAUCCGAGUCGGAUGAUUAUUUCUUUUUUAUGAGUCUAAUUCCUCAUGUUCAAAAUUUUAGUUCUAUACAAAAAUUACGAUUACGAAAUAAAAUACAACAGCUAAUUAUAGACGAGGCGUCAGGUGUUAAUAGUCAUUAAUUUUAUUGUUUUGUAUUUCACUUUCUCUCUUUCACAAAAAUUUAAUUUGUUUUUU